CUCAAUACUUCAGCUGAUUUCCGUGUUUCUGGCUAUCGAUUAUCUCAAUACGUCAGCUGAUUUCCGUGUUUCUGGCUAUCGAUGCAAUCAAGACUUCAACUGAUUUCUAUUUUCCUCGCUAUGAAAAUUGGUGUUAUAUCGAGUAUUAAUAUCUGCGACCUACCAAAAGUUGUUGGUUCAUGUCAUGCACGGAUAAAAAGAUAUCAUUAUGACGUACAAACUGAUCAGUGUAAAAGGUUCAAAUAUAGUGGCUGUGAGGGCAACAAUAAUAAUUUCAAAACGAGACGAGGUUGUGCUACUGCGUGUCAUAAACGAGUGUGUACAUUACCAAAGUUGAUUGGAGAAGGUCAGUCAUCUGUCCCUAGAUGGUUUUACAAUCCCACAUCAAUGUUGUGUGAAAAGUUUAUGUAUGGUGGAAUACACGGCAACGAGAACAAGUUUAGAACAAAAAGACGAUGUGAGCGACUUUGUAAUGGCGUUAAGGACAAUCCAUGUAAACCACAUCCAGGAUGUCCUCGGUCCCCACCAGGUAUUUGUCGGAGCUCUAUAUAUGACAUCAUCAAUGGAGUGAAAUGUUUCGCUGGAUGCACAUAUCCAAGGUGUAAAAAGGGUUCAUGUCCUACUAUCCCUCCAGUCCUUCCAUGUAAUUCAAGAUGCAACCUAGGAAACGACACCCAAUGUCCGGGUGAUCAACUUUGUUGCCAACAACGAUGUUGCCGGGAUCCAAUUUUAGAACCAAAGAGGGGUGAUUGCCCAAAAGAUCCAAAACCAAGGAAUUGCUUUUUAAGAAAAUCCGAAUGUUAUUCAGAUAGUCAAUGUAAAGGGAAACGGAAAUGUUGCAGAUUUUCAUGUCAAAAAUAUUGUGUUGAUCCUGAAGAUGACCGUACCGUUAUUAUGCUUAUUAAUGUUGAAAAUUAAAAUAAUAAUCUUUAGAAUUCGGAAUAUGUAUUCAUUUUAUAUUAAAACGAUCAUGUAUUUCUCUUUGUCUAGUCCCUUUCGAUUUGUGAUAAUUAAAUUAACUCACUUAC